AUGGCUGCGCGGCCACGCAUUGGCCCUUCCGGUGGUGAACGCGCUUCCGGAAUUGCCCAGGACUUUGUCAGAGCGCGAUGGACUACCAGGACGAUGUUCGCCGUCGCAGCGGUGUUCGCCGUCCUCCUCUGCGUCACUGACGUCACGGCCAUUAGAUCGGGCGAUGGCUGCGGGAAUGGCAUGUUCAGGUGCAACGACGGCAAAUGCAUACAGUCGAUUCUCGUGUGCGAUUAUCGCGGCGACUGCGAUGACAACAGCGACGAGAUGCAGUCGUGUCCGCCGCCCGAGUGUGAUUUCGGUCAAAUCACGUGUGGCCAGUAUAGUUUCAACAAGACAUACUGUAUACCCCCGCAUCAACGAUGCGACAUGACCGUCGAUUGCGUCGACGGCACUGACGAGGAUGCCUGUACAUACAGGAAGUGUCAGCCAGACGACUUCAGAUGCGUUGGCACUACGCCGGAGCUUUGCAUACCCAAAGAGAAGAAAUGCGAUGGUUACCUAGACUGCCGAAAUGGCAGGGACGAGGAUGGAUGCAUGAAUAACAUAUUGAAGCCAGCCUGCCGGUUGGAUCAGUUCAGGUGUAAUACCACGCAGCGCUGCAUUGACCAAAGCCUGAGGUGCAAUCAUAGGGAUGAUUGUGGUGACAACAGCGACGAGGAGCAUUGCAAUUUCCCACCGUGCACCAGCGAUCAAUUCCGAUGCGCAAAUUCACUCUGCAUUCCUAUAGCGUAUCAAUGCGAUGGUUAUAAAGACUGCCACGAUAAUUCCGACGAGAGCUCUUGCACAAUGACAGUUUGUCCAGGAAUAAAUAAGUUUAUGUGCCCGAAGGGUGCAUCAGAUGGGAAGCCAUUGUGUAUCAAUCGGUCUCAACUAUGCGAUGAUAAACCGGACUGUGAAGACGGGGCAGACGAGGAAGCGGCAUGUUCGACGAGUAUGUGCGGCUUGCUUGGAUGUCAGCACAAAUGUCAAGCGUCUCUCACAGGAGGGACUUGCUAUUGUCCUGAGGGAAGAAUCCUUGCUAACGAUUCACGGACUUGUAUUGAUCGGGAUGAGUGCUCUGAAUGGGGCUUCUGUGAACAACUAUGCGAUAACAAUGAUGGUUCGUAUACGUGUACCUGCGCGCCUGGUUAUAUUCUUCAUGGUCGCAACAAGUGUCGCUCUCAGAACAGUUCCUCUCUGGAGCUCUUGCUCGCUCAAGACCGCGCGAUAUGGCGAUUGAGCUCUAAUGGCGAGGAUCGCAGGAUAAUCGCGAAUACGACUGGUGCCAGCGGCCUAGAUUAUUUGUAUUCGCGGGGUUUACUUUUCUGGAGCGACAUGAAAACGCGAAAAGUACACUCGGAGUCUCUGAAUCCCAGCAACAUGGAGUCGGCACGGAAAGUGGACAUUAGCAUGGCGGGUUCCUGGGGACCCGUGUCCAUCGCGGUGGAUUGGGUUGGUGAUAAAUUGUACGUGGCGGAUUCUAUUGUGCAAAAAGUGGACGUAUUCGAGUUGGAUGGACGCUACCAUGGAAUUGUCGUGGGCUCCAAUCUCACGAGUCCAGCCGACAUCGCGUUAGAUCCUACGAGAGGUCUCAUGUUUAUCGCUGACAGCAAACAAGUUCUUCGCGCUAACAUGGACGGCACCAACGCGUUCCCCAUUGUCUCAGAAGCGGCUUACAAAGUUUCCGGCGUGGCCGUGGAUAUUAUCACCAAAAGGAUUUAUUGGUGUGACUCAUUGUUGGACUAUAUCGAAACGGCAGACUACAGGGGCCUCAAUAGAGUUAUGAUUAUUAGAGGAGCUCAAGUGCCAUCCCCAAUCAGACUCACCCUCUUUGAGAAUAGGAUUUACUGGUCAGACAGUACCAAGCAAGCUGUUAUGAGUGUCGACAAAACUCAGGGAGAUUAUUCCAUUCAAACCGUGUUUAAGGUACGCGAUGCUAAGGCUAUAAAAGCAUUACAUCCACUUGUCCAACCUAGUGUUUUCAAUCCUUGCGGCAAUAACAAUGGCGGCUGUCAACAUAUGUGUAUCGUCACUGCGUCCAGCGAUCAAAACAACCGAUUAGGCUAUCGUUGCGCUUGCCACAUUGGAUGGCGGUUGGCGAAUGACAUGAGGAAUUGUAACUUGGUGCAGGAGUUCCUUAUGUAUUCCCAGCAGAGGUUUAUCAAAGGUCGCGUACUCAAUCCAGUAAUGGAAGGUUUUAGCGAUGCCAUUUUACCGGUGGUGUCUAGGAGAGCGCGAUUCGUUGGACUGGAUUAUGACGCGCACGAUCAGUACAUUUACUACAGUGAUGUUCUUCAAGAUGUCAUAUACAGGGUACAUCAGAACGCGACUGGCCGAGAAAUCGUAUUGGCUAGCCAAAACGAAGGAGUAGAGGGACUCGCGGUCGAUUGGGCUGCAAAGAAUUUGUACUACAUCGAUUCACGUAAAGGUACACUGAACGUCCUCAGCACUCGCAAUGUCACAUAUCGGCGAACAUUACUAAAGAAUCUGAAGCGUCCUCGUGCAAUUGUGAUACACCCGAACCACGGUUAUAUCUUUUUCUCUGAAUGGGAUCGUCCAGCCAAUAUUAGCAGGGCUUAUGCCGACGGCAACAACCUGGUCGUUUUCAAGAACCUAACUCUGGGCUGGCCGAACGGUCUGGCAAUUGACUUUAACAAGGAUCGAUUAUACUGGUGCGACGCUCUUCUAGAUCACGUGCAACACUCAAAUCUAGACGGCACAGACGUACGAACAGUGGACUCCAGACUGAUCCGACAUCCAUUUUCCAUUGCUAUUCAUGACAUUUGGAUGUACAUUACCGACUGGCGUCUGGACGCCAUUAUUAGACUUCAUAAGGAGACCGGUGAGCAGGAAGCUAUCUUAGUUCGUGAACCGGCUACCAAUAGACUUUACGGUGUGAAGGUCUUCAGUCGUGAGAUUCAGACAACGGCGCUUGCUCAUCCCUGCGCCAUUAACAAUGGAGGUUGCGAAAAACUUUGCUUCGCUAUCCCAGACAACUCUUCACAGCCCGACAUUGUUUUCCCUGGUAUAUCAUUUACACCGAAACUUACUCAUGUAUGCGGUUGUCCGUACGGAGAACGUCUUCAAGGCAACGAUAGGAGUUGCGCAGCGGAUCCCGAUGGUGAACCACCCUUGCAGGCUUGUCCGCAUACUUGGGACUUUACUUGCGCAAACCAGAGAUGUGUACCAAAGUCUUGGGUGUGCGACGGCGAGAAUGACUGUCUGGACAACAGUGAUGAGACGCAGAACUGCACGAAGCCAACUUGCGGCGCAAACGAGUUCCAAUGCAAGUCCGGCCGCUGUGUACCGAUAACAUUCCAUUGCGACUCUGAAAACGAUUGCGGCGAUUACAGCGACGAAGUGGGCUGUCCAAAUGUAACAUGCAGCGCAAAUCAAUUUGCUUGUGCCAACAACCGGUGUAUUCCCGCGACCUGGAAGUGUGAUUCUGAGAACGACUGUGGCGACAGCUCUGACGAGGGCGAAUUCUGUGCAGCGAAGACGUGUUCAUAUUUUCAGUUCACCUGUCCACGUUCUGGCCACUGUAUACCGCAAUCUUGGGUGUGUGAUGGCGACAGUGAUUGCUUCGAUCAACAAGAUGAGAUGGACUGUCCACCAGUUACUUGUCUCAGUACGCAGUUUACGUGUGCGGACCAAAAGAUGUGUGUUUUAGCAUCGUAUAAGUGUGACGGUAUUAGUGAUUGUAAUGACGGUUCCGAUGAAGUGGGCUGCCCAUCGUUGGCACCGGAUCAGUGCAAUCCCGAUAAACAGUUCCAGUGUGUUAGCUCAGCCAUCUGUAUACCUAAGAGUUGGUAUUGCGACGGUACCGCGGAUUGCCCUGAUAAGUCUGACGAGCCGGAGUCGUGUGGAAAGAUUGAUUGUCAGCCUGGAUUCUUCAGAUGUCAGAACGAUAAAUGCGUGUUCAAGGCAUAUAUUUGUGACGGCAAAGACGAUUGUGGUGACAAUUCUGACGAGAAUACUGAGUUACAUGCAUGCGGGCCUCCUCCAUUUAAAUGCGACUCCCAGCAGUGGAAGUGCCCGAACGUGACAAAUCGCUGCAUAAACAUAACCAGCGUAUGCGAUAGCAAGUUGGAUUGCCCGAAUGGCGGAGAUGAGGGUUUUGGUUGCGAACUCUCUGAAUGCCUCCACCAAGGUGGAUUGUGUACUAAUGGUUGUGUUCAAACUCCAGUUGGCGCGCAAUGUACCUGCCCGGCUGGAGAAGAACUCAGUAGUGAUCGUUUCACGUGUCAAGACAUAAACGAGUGUGAACCGCCAGGCAAAUGUUCACAGAUCUGUAUGAACACGAAGGGUAGCUAUUACUGCGACUGCAUGGAGGGUUACACGUUGGAAAAAGAUAAGCACACGUGCAAGGCAUAUAAUCACAGUGCAGCCUUCUUAAUUAUUUCUAAUAGACAUACUAUCCUGGUGGCUGAUCUUCAAGAUCAAGCACUGGAACGAGUUCCUAUCAAUGUAGAGAACGUUGUGGCGACCGCCAGUAAUAUGCAUACGGGUACAAUCUUUUGGUCUGAUAUGAAGCUAAAACGAAUCUCCCGGUUAGAUCGUGGCAGCGAUCCCCAAGACAUUAUUAGCACCGGUCUUGAUCUGGUAGAAGGUCUUGCUUACGACUGGAUCGGUCACAAUCUAUAUUGGUUAGAUUCUAAGCUGAAUACGAUUGAAGUAGCUAAAGAAACCGGAGUUGGAAGAAUGAUACUCGUUAAGGAGAAUAUUACACAACCCCGUGGUAUGUGUUUGGAUCCCACUCCACGUGCGAGAUGGCUUUUCUGGACCGAUUGGGGAGAGAAUCCUAGAAUCGAAAGAAUUGGAAUGGAUGGCACUAAUCGAUCGACUAUCAUCAAUACAAAGAUCUAUUGGCCUAAUGGUUUGGCUCUAGACAUCGCGAACCACAGAAUCUACUUUGCGGAUAGCAAACUGGACUUUAUUGAUACUUGUCUCUAUGAUGGCAGUAAGAGGAUUCAGGUUUUAGCCAGCUCUCAUUAUCUCUUGCAUCCUCAUUCUCUUACGCUCUUUGAGGAUACUAUGUAUUGGACUGACAGACAGCUCAAUCGGGUGCUGUCAGCGCACAAGUUUAAGGGCUCUAACCAAACAGUGGUGUCGCAUUUAAUCUCGCAGCCUCUUUCCAUACACGUGCAUCACCCGGUACUGCAGCCGAUUGGCCCCAAUCCUUGCGCUAAUGUGAUGUGUGAACAUCUGUGUCUUUUAUCGCAUAGCAAUCCGGCAGGAUACAGUUGCAAGUGCCAAGUUGGAUUCAAAUUGUUGGCCAAUGGACGAUGCGUGGAAGAAGAAACGCCAUACUUGAUGAUUCUCCGAGGAUCUCAGAUUGUUGACGUUUCUUUGACACCCGGAGAAGUCAAAACUGGAUAUAUUACACCCGUUGUUGGCGUGGAAGGCGGAAGAUUUAUUGAUUAUGACCGAUAUAAUCGUAUCAUCUAUUGGUUGCAAGGCAAGGACAGCGAUGACGAGAAUGGCACAGUGUAUACCAUUCCCUAUAACGGUGGUAAUAGGACGGAGUUCCCUAAUCCCGAAGGUGAUAGCGGUAUCGUUGGUUCACCAUCCACAAUGGCGUUGGAUUGGCUUGGUCGCAAUAUGUUUAUUGGUAACAAGUUUGCGUCAAACAUCGAAGCGAUCAAAUUGGACGGCAAGACGCGGUUUCGUACGAUCAUUUUGGCAAACGAUGGCAACCGGACAUCGGUUUCUAAACCGAAAGCAAUGUGCGUAGAUCCUAUUGAUGGGCAGGUGUUUUGGGUGGAUGAGGGAGGUUUCGGAGUGCCCCAAAAGAUCGGACGAGUAAAUAUGGACGGCAGUAAUCCGUUGGUUCUUGCGGAUAAUUUGGAACGUCCUGAGGCCAUCACUAUCGAUAUUUCUAGCAAGAUGCUAUACUUUUCCUGCCAAAAUCCAGCUUUUGUCAAAGCCAUGUCAACGGAUGGCCAGAAUGUUCGCACCAUCCUUUCUGCGGCAAAUAACCUAGCGUUUCCGAAGGCGUUAGCUGUACACGAGUCUCGUUUAUAUUAUUUGGAUCCAAUUUACGAUAAGGUCGAGCGUGUCGAUCUACCUAACGGCGACAACCCAGUCACUAUCAUUGAUAAUGAUUCUGAGCUUCGUACCUUGACUAUUUAUAAGAAACGCGCUACUGGAUCUCAUCCUUGUCUCGUCAACAAUGGUGGCUGCGAACAGCUUUGCUUACCUGCAGCGGGAGGCACUCGUGUCUGCGCUUGUGGAAUGGAAUAUAGGAAAAUUAGCGAUACCCAUUGCGAACCCUACAAGACAUUUGCGGUAGUCACUCAGUUGGAUGUUGCCAGGGGCUACAGUCUUAAGGACUCUAAAGAAGCCAUGGUGCCCAUUGCUGGAGUAGGUCAUCAUAUUCUGCACGUGGACGUACACUAUAAAGGCAAUUGGAUAUACUGGGUGGAGUUCAAUCGAGGCAUUUGGAAUGGUAUCUUCAGAAUUCGGCCCAAUGGCACAGAAUUGCAUCAGGUGAUCAAACAGGGAAUUGGUUCUAAUGGAAUUCGCGGCCUGGCCGUGGACUGGAUUGCCGGAAACUUGUACUUUGCUAAUGUCUUCCCUCAUGACAACUAUGUGGAAGUGUGCUGGUUGGAUGGCUCUAACCGAAAAGUACUUGUAAAAACAACAACGGAUGCUCCUCGCGAGCUGGCUGUGAAUCCUAUCAAACGAUAUCUGUAUUGGAUUGAUUAUGGACAGUAUCCUCGAAUAGGAAAGGCUUACCUUGAUGGUAGUAAUUGGUCCCCUAUCGUGACAUCUGGUAUUAGCACACCGCGUGAUCUGACAAUCGAUCCUGUAACGCACGAUAUUUACUGGGUGGACUCCAAACUAGAUACUAUCCAAAAAGUGUCUUACACAGGCGGAAAUCGGGAAAUCAUUCGUAGAAAUUUACCAAAUCCAAUGGGUGUCGCUAUUUUCGGUGGCGAUGUCUAUUGGGUGGACCGAAAUUUAGCUACCGUCUUCAAAGCAAGCAAAUUGAAGGGCAAUACUAGUCUUCCCACACCUGUUAGGACCAAUCUACAGAAACUUAGAGAUAUCGCCAUUUUCGACCAGGGCAAUCAGCUACCGGAUCAAAGUAAUCCUUGUGCGCAGGAAAAUGGCGACGCGUGUACUCAGUUGUGUUUCGCUUUCCCGAAGGACAAUCCUAAAACAUUCACUUGCGAUUGUGCGGUGGGCAAGCUUUCUGCCAAUGGUCAUACUUGCGAGAACGUCGAAGAAUAUUUGGUUUUCGCCACACGAACAGAGAUUCGUGCGAUAAACUUAGACCCGCACAAUACCAAUGUGCCUUUCGCACCCAUCGGCAAUUUAACUAACGUAGUUGGUGUGGACUUCGAUUACCAAGACAAGAAGCUGUUGUUCACUCAGAUUCGUCCUUGGGCGAAGAUUGCAUGGACGCCAUCUGACCGACCAUCCUAUUCCGAUGUACAUAUAUUACUCAGUAAAGGAAUUAAUCCUGAAGGCAUUUCCUAUGAUUGGACUCAGAAGAAGGUGUAUUGGACGGACUCUUCCAAUAACAGUAUCUACGCAAUGGAUAUCAAUGGAACUAACUUGGUAAUGAUUGCACGUGUAGAUCGUCCACGUGCUAUCGUCGUUGAUCCCUGCAACGGUUCGCUUUACUUCACUGAUUGGGGUCGCUUCGGGACGUCUGGAAAAAUCUUCAAGACAACCAUGGCAGGGUCGCUGAAACGAGCCAUCAUCGACAAAGAUCUUUCGCAACCUAGUGGUCUAGCGAUUGAUUACGACGAUCGCAUGCUAUAUUGGACUGAUGCAGUGCGCGAGAAAAUCGAGCGAUCCGAUCUUGAAGGAAACAAUAGGGAAAUUCUAGUUAGCGCUACGAUCUACCCCUUCGCUAUCACUGUUUUUAGAGAGCAUAUCUAUUGGACGGAUCUGCAGCUUCGUGGAGUUUAUCGAGCGGAAAAGCACACCGGAGCCGACAAGAUCGAGCUGGUGAAGCGAUUGGAAGAUUCUCCGCGAGAUCUUCACGUCUUUUCUGCAGCUAGACAACAAUGUACCGUUAAUCCUUGCAAUAUCAAUAACGGUGGCUGUGAUCAGUCCUGCCAUCCGGGUCAUAACGGCUCUGCGGAGUGCAAGUGCGACGAUAAUAGCAGACUAGUGAACGAAAACAGGAUGUGCGUACCAAAGAACGUUACUUGCGACGCCAGCAAAUUCGCUUGUAGGAAUGGCAGGUGUAUCUCUAGGAUGUGGGCCUGUGACGGCGAUGACGACUGCGGUGACGGCUCUGAUGAGAACGCGAGUUAUUGUUCUUAUCACUCGUGCAGUCCGAACGAAUUCCGUUGUAAUAAUGGUCGAUGCAUCUUCAAAACGUGGAAAUGUGAUCACGAGAACGACUGUCGGGACGGUAGCGACGAAGAGGGAUGCGUUUAUCCGCCCUGUGCGGCAGGUGAAUUUACCUGUGCAAACUAUCGCUGUAUCCCACAGUCACAAGUGUGCAACGGCAUCAAUGACUGCAAGGAUAAUGUCACUUCAGACGAGACCCACGAGCGUUGCCCUCGUAAUACUACGUGUCCCUUGAAUCAUCUUAAGUGCGAGAAAACGAACAUCUGUGUGGAACCCUACUGGCUUUGUGAUGGUGACAAUGACUGUGGCGACAAUAGUGAUGAGAAUCCUAUUAAUUGUGCUCAGAGGACCUGUCCACAGAAUAGUUUCCGAUGUCCUAAUCACAGGUGCAUUCCAGCUACUUGGCAUUGCGAUGGAGACGACGAUUGCCUGGACGGAAGUGACGAACCUCCUGGUUAUUGCCAAACCGAAGGCAGAACGUGCUUUGGUGACUUGUUCACAUGCGAUAACGGCAACUGCAUUCCUAGAAUCUAUAUAUGCGACGGAGACAAUGAUUGUCUGGAUAAUUCUGAUGAAGAUGAACGUCAUCAAUGUAACGAUAGAAAAUGUGACGAAGAAACUGAAUUCACUUGCACUGAGAACAAAAUGUGGAAUCGCGCUCAGUGCAUUCCGAAGAAAUGGUUGUGCGAUGGAGAUCCAGAUUGCGUUGAUGGAGCUGACGAGAAUUCCACUUUGCAUCAAUGCCCGGCAGCAACUCCUUGUGCCGACAAUCAGUUCACUUGCAACAACGGACGGUGCUUGAAUCGCAGCUGGCUAUGCGACCAUGACAACGAUUGCGGUGACGGUAGCGACGAGGGCAAUUUCUGCAACAACCAAUACAAGCAUUGCAGUCCAACCCAAGAGUUCACUUGUCAGAAUUUCAAAUGCAUACGCAAGCAGUUCCGUUGUGACGGUCAAGAUGAUUGCGGCGAUCACUCGGACGAAGUGAACUGUCCAUCUAAGGGGAAGAACACCACGUGUCCGAAUCCGACGGAUUUCAUGUGCGCGAAUGGUAACUGCAUCGACUCGCGACUGGUGUGCAACAAGAACCCAGACUGCGCCGAUGAGAGUGACGAGCCCUCGCAUUGUAACGUGAACGAGUGCGCUCAUAUCGAGCUGAAUCAGUGCGGACACAAGUGCGUGGACACUCCGACCAGCUUCUAUUGCGAAUGCAAUCGUGGCUACAAGCUGUUGGCCGACGGUAAGGCCUGUGACGACAUCGAUGAGUGUAUCGAGACACCCCAAGUGUGCAGCCAACAGUGCGAGAACACACCUGGCGGUUAUUACUGCAAGUGCAACGAGCGUUGGUACGACAGAGAGGCUGACGAACACACGUGCAAGCGUAGAGACAUCAUUCAGCCAUGGAUUAUAUUCACGAACAAAUAUUACGUUAGAAAUAUGUCGAUCGAUGCGCACAAUUAUAGUCUAAUGCAUCAAGACCUCAUCAACGUUGUUGCGCUGGACGCGGAUUACGCUGAGCAAAUGUUGUACUUCUGUGACGUCACCGCGAAAACGAUAUACAGAGCGCCAAUAAACGGUGGUGAAAAAGAACCCAUCAUUCGUCACGAUAGUUUGGGUUUGGAAGGAAUAGCUAUCGACUGGAUAGGUCGAAAAUUAUAUUGGUUGGAUCGUCACGCAAAACAUUUGGACGUAUCCGAACUUAACGGCACCAACAGGAAGACCUUGCAGUCCGGAAUAUCAGAUCCGCGUGCUAUCGCAGUUCAUCCUGGCACUGGAUAUUUAUAUUUCACAUCAUGGCAUCUUCAGGCGUAUAUCGGCAAGAUGGGCAUGGACGGGAGCAACUUCACACGAAUUCUCACGUGGGAAGACGACAUCGCCUGGCCAAACGCUCUGACAAUCGACUACUUCACCGACCGUAUCUUCUGGGCCGAUGCUCAUCUGGACUACAUCGCUUUCGCCGACCUCGAGGGUCAUAAUCGGCGAAUCGUUCGGUCGGGCGCCUCAGUGCCACACGUUUUCGCCAUUACAGUAUUCGAUGAUUUCAUUUUCUGGACCGACUGGAACCUGAAAGCCAUCAGCAGGGCGAACAAGUUCUCUGGCGAUGGCCUACGAGUGUUGCGCAACACCACUCAUCGACCUUACGACAUCCACGCGUACCACCCUCUUCGGCAGCUGCCUUACAACAAUCCCUGUGCGCAGAACAACUGCUCGCAUCUGUGCCUCAUCGCACCGCCCGCUAGCUCAUACCUGCUCGAAGGAUACGGCCAACCUGGAGUCACUUCCUACAAGUGCAAGUGUCCGAAUCAGUUCAUUCUGGACAAGGACGGCAAGACGUGCAUCGCGAAUUGCACCGCGGGUCAGCAUCGUUGUGGACCACCCGACGAGAAGUGCAUCCCUUGGUAUUGGAGGUGCGACGGAGAGAAGGAUUGUAAGGACGGUUCCGACGAAUCAUCGAGCUGCCCACCAAGGAAUUGUGGACCGAGCAUGUUCCAAUGUACGAAUGGAAACUGCACGUCGACCGUGACAAUCUGCGACGGAUCUGAUGAUUGCGGGGACAAGAGCGACGAGGCCAAGUGUGCGCUUGAAUGUGGGGAACUCGAAUUCAAGUGCAAAUCCAACGGUCGUUGCAUACACGAUUCCUGGAAAUGUGAUGGGGAUGCCGACUGCAAAGAUGGCAGCGAUGAAGAUCCUUCUAUUUGCCAUAACCGAGUUUGCGACGCAAGCACCGAGUUCAGCUGCAAAAACGGCAAGUGUAUUCCCAAGCUGUGGAUGUGCGAUUCCGACAAUGAUUGUGGUGAUGACAGUGACGAGCCGGCGUAUAUGUGUCGGCAAAAGAAUUGCACAACUGGAUGGCAACGGUGUCCAGGACAUGCGAACUACCGGUGCAUCCCGAAGUGGCUAUUCUGCGACGGCAAGGACGAUUGCCGUGAUGGUUCCGACGAACGUCCGGAGAAUUGUCCGAAGUGUGACCCUAAUAUGGACUUCAAGUGCACCAAUAAUCGAUGUGUGCCGAAACAAUGGCUCUGCGAUUUUGCCGACGAUUGCGGAGACGGCAGCGACGAGGCGGAAGCGAUGUGCAAGAAUAAGUACCGCCAGUGCUCCGAGUCUGAAUUCAAGUGCAAGAACGGCAAAUGUAUUGCAUCCAGAUGGAGAUGCGACAGCGAAGACGACUGUGGUGACAACAGUGACGAGGAAGAAUGCCAUCAAUGGGAAUGCAAGCCUGACAGCUUCAAAUGCGCCAGUGGCCACUGCAUCGCCGCAUAUCUUCGUUGCAAUGGAGCGCGCAACUGUCGCGACAUGAGCGAUGAAAUCGAUUGCUCACCGAGAUAUCCCGGUGGAAGAUAUUGCCCGCAAUCGCGGUUCCAAUGUGAAAACAAUCUUUGUGUCGCACAGACUGACAUUUGCGACGGUACUGAUGACUGCGGCGACAAUUCCGACGAGAAUCCAACUAUGUGCGCAAACUUCGAGUGCGAUACACACAGACGAUUCCAGUGUGCGAAUCACAAGUGCAUCGCCAAAUACCAGUUGUGCGACGGAAUCGACAAUUGCGGCGACGGUUCUGACGAAAAUAAUAUGACGAUAUGCGUCAAACACAUACGUCCGUGUGACCCGAUGUCGGAAUACACCUGCUCGAAUAAGAAAUGCAUUGAUCGUCACAAACUCUGCGAUCUCGCGGAUGAUUGCGGCGAUUUGUCGGAUGAGUUGGGAUGUCAUCACAAUCAUCACUGUUCGGAAACUGAUCGUGGCGGCUGCGCUCAUCAGUGCCACAACAUUACUGACGGCGGCUACAUCUGCGCUUGUUAUCCCGGAUAUAUAAUUUCACAAGACAAUCGAAAGUACUGCGUGGAUAUCGAUGAGUGCCAAACUGGUCAACAUCAGUGCUCUCACAUUUGUACCAACUUGAAUGGCACGUAUGCCUGCUCUUGUCGGCAAGGUUUCCAAUUAUCAGAUGGUCAUAGUGGUGUUUGCCGUGUCGAAGAUGACGACGUUGUCGUGUUGUUUGCUAACGGACCUGAAGUCAGAGCUUAUGGACUGCAUACUAAACAAGAAAUGGACGUGAUAGGUGACGAGAAGAAGGUGCAGGCCAUCGAUUUUGAUCCCAAAGAAGAAUAUGUUUUCUGGAUCGAUUCGAAGGACAACACUAUCAAACGAUCUUACAUGGUGAACGCCAAGAAAGGCGAAGCAAAAAUUGGAUAUGCGCAGGAUCUCAACAUGAAGACUGAAUCUAAACCAACAAGUCUGGCGGUAGAUUGGAUCUCCGAUAAUUUGUAUUGGAGUGAACUUGACGAAACAGGAGCUACGUCUCACGGUCGAAUCAUGGUAUCCAAAUCGGACGGCAGAUAUCGACGUAGCCUAGUCACUGUGAAUCUCGAGCAACCGACAUCGGUAGUUGUAGACCCUGAGCGAGGAGAACUCUUAUGGGCUGAUGCAGGUAAUCAGCCUAAGAUCGAAAUAGCUUGGAUGGAUGGUGAUAGGCGUAAGAUGCUAGUGUCGGAAAGAAUCGCCGGUCCUUCGGCGCUCACCAUCGACUACGCCAUGGAACACACGCUCUAUUGGUCCGACAGCAAAUUGGAUACCAUUGAGGCGAUCAGUUUAGCUGGCACCAACAGGAGAGUCGUUCUAAAGGGUAGAUCCCUUAAGAAACCAGUAGCAUUGGAUGUUUUCGAGAACAAUCUUUAUUGGACCACCAGGCAGACAGGCGAGCUUGUCCGGCAAGACAAAUUUGGCAGAGGAGUGCCGAACAUUAUUGUCAAGAAUCUGCCUAGUCCUGGAGGCGUUAGAGUCUAUCACCAACUGAGAUAUAAUACUACUCUGAGAGACCCUUGCCACAAUGAUCAGUGCACUCAUCUUUGUGUUACAAUCCCUGGUGGACAUCGUUGCCUCUGCUCGGACAGUGUUGGUCCUCUUCAACGACCCAUCAGGAACGAAAACGAGAGACAUUGUGAUGCUACUAACGAGAGACCGUUACCUGCACCCAGGAUAUGUCGUUGCCAAAAUGGCGGACGGUGCCAAGAGGUGGACGAUAAGCUGGCAUGUAACUGCCGUGAAGAAUUUCACGGUGAAUUCUGCGAGAUGGCGGCAGUCGCUGCCAUAGCAGGCGGAUCCACCGCUGCCAUAGUUAUUCCUAUAGUUGUGACUCUGCUAGUUCUGUUCGGCAUUGCUGCGGUAUUCAUGGUUCUCAAAAAGCGGCCAUUCAGUAAGCCUGGUGGCUUGAGCAGUCUUACUGGCGCGCAAAGUGUUUCCUUCCGUCAAGGCAGCAACGUAGAAUUUGGUUCAGCUGCUCACGAAAGGAUGGAGCCUCUCGAUGUGGAGUACAACCUCAAUGACGUCACUAAUAAGAAUCGAGACUUCAGCAAUCCAAUGUACGAUGCGGUGAAUAUGGAAAGUGGCACCACGAACGGUACUGGUGCCAGUAGCAUGUAUGAAGUGCCGGCGGAGAUGAAACCCUCCAGUGUACAGCACAAAGAACCCCCGCAACUACAUCUAAAGAGGAGAGAACUGGAUCCGACGCCCAUUGACUCGGGCAAGGAUACUCAACAACUGGUCGAGGAGGACAAGUCCGAAUGCUAGGACUAAUCCAUAUUUAGGGAUUCUUUCAUAUCAAUCGUGCUUCGAACUCGAAAUGCAGAUCGACAUGUUCCACGACUGUGGGUAAUAUACAGGGACACGACACAAAUUAGCUCAUCAUUUUUACGUAAACAGUGCGAAUUACCUGCAACUGCUCGUUAUUUAUUAAGCAGGCGAUCGAACGAGAUUUUUUUUUUAAACGUGUGGCGACUGAUUUGGGGUUCUGUCUUAUUUAGCGAUCUCCGGAUAUGAACAUUUCGGGAUCUCCGAGUUCUUGGGAAUAAAAGGAUAAUAGAAAAAAAAACUUGAGUGAAGAAAUUUGAGAACGUGUUUGCAUUCUCGAAUUUAGAAUAAAAGAAUUUUUGUAUAAUAAUUACGAAAGAUCCGAAUUUAUGCAUAUCCAAAUACCUAAGGUUCUUGACACACGUUUAGGCUGUUAACUUCCUGCAUCCCCAAACCUAAGGAUUUGUAUGGGACACAGGUUCUCAUGAAUCCGUAGGUCCUUCGAGCCAAAAAUUGUGAACUAGUUCUAGGAUCCUGGAAUCCUGGAGAUUAUAGGACGAUAGAGGAUAGACGACAGACGACAACGGUCGCGAAUCGAUAGUAUCAAUUUAAUGGGGAGAAUAGGGUGAGAACGAAUUGCAAUAGGCACGAUUUGAUUGUGUCAUUUUUUACUAGGUGUGAUUUGUAAGUCUUGUAAAUAUAAUUGCUAACAAAGUAUAAUGUUCAUGUUAUCCUUGUAUCAUAAAAGACGCAACACAUUCCAUUCUCUCUCAAGGUUGCUGCUUGAAGUGUAGCGAUAGCACACUUCUAGUUGUUAGAACGUGUAUCUAUAUGUGUGUGUAUGCGUGCACGUGCGCGCAGUGCUCGAAUUGGUACAUGCAAUUUUUUCACAAGACUCUGAAAUACCCAGCAUAUUUGUACACGUGUGUUUAUAUAUUUCGUAUUAUAAAACACAAUUAUUAUGUUACGUCGUAAGAUAAUUCUUCUUUUAUUUUAAACCAUAACUAUUCGAACAGAAAUUAAAAAAGAAAAACAAAAUAACUUAAUAAUUUAGAUAUGUUAUCUCUCCAUUUAUUUCAGCGGUACAAUUCGAGUACUUCGUGUAUGCGUCAGAGUUAAUUCUCAACUACGAUAUGGUAGGAUCAAGUUUGACUUUAAUGAGAAUUUGUGAGAUUCAAAAUUUAUAGAAUACAAAGAGAUUUUGCAUUUUUUUCGCGCUUCUUUUAUUAUCUUCUUUCUGUCGUAAUCUUAAUUGUAAUAAUUAAUAGCUUUCGUUAAAAUUGGAUGUAACUGUAUGCUCCCGGAGUUAGAAUUGAUCUUGCUGUAACAUGUGCAUUAUCAGGAUUGGGCUAUAGUAGUUGAGGACUAAUGAUGUAAGCACAUUCAAGAAGCUGUAUCUUUAGCGGAAUAUUUUAGUAAAGCGUGACGUUAGAUUUUUUAUGUUGAAAAGUGGCCUACCUUGUUAUGAUGAGUAGAAGCGUGCAGUCCAAGGAGCGAGAUAAACGCGUAUUUCGCGUAUGAGCGUUAUUAAAUGUUAUUCUUGUGGAUGUUAUUGCAGAACGAUCGAUUGUAUGACAUAAAUAAGUAUCUUUUCCGCGGCGAGAAUAUACGCACGGAAUGUUAGCUCGGCCAACAUCAUUGUACAUUUUUCUAGAUUAUGUGGGAUAUUUCUCCUGCAAAAAAUGGCUGAAUUAAAAGGAAUCGACGGGAAUUUAUUCUGUAAAAUCAACUCUCCAAUCUUUAAAAUCUCAUAUAUUUAUUUCGACAUUUUUAUAUUCUUCCUGUUCUUUCCUACUUUUUCCCUAUCUUUUCCCAAGAUGUUAUGUUAUGUGUCAUAACGAUUCUAUUUUUCUUAUAAUCUUUGUUAAAAUAAUACGAAAGAAUGGCGAGUAAAAAACAAAUAUGAUCAUCUACUUUAAUUUAAAAUAUUAUUUCUUUUUGUUUGUAUCGACAGGCGACUCAAAGUCCUUUCUCUUCUAUAAGAAAUAUAGAUAAGUUGUACACAAUAUUUAUUUAAAGCAAUGCUGCAUAUUGUAUGUCCGAUUAUAACGAGAUGAUUAAUACAAAACAAGUUCCUAUUCAUUCCUUUUAAUGCAGAUAUUUUUUGCAGGGUCAGUACGCGUGUAAUUCUUCUUCCGCGCAUCCUGUGAUUGCAAUGUAAAGAGAAAGAGAGAGAGAGAGUUCCUUGUAUCUUCAGAUGCACGACUUUCAAAAAAUUAUGUGUAAAAAUAAACAUUUUUUUCUAAAUUCUUGGGAUUUUUUAAAAUUCUUGGAAUCUUUCAAUCACUCAAUGUGAGGUUGAGAAAAAUUUCAAGAAUUUCUCUCAAUUAUAAAGCUGGAAUUAGAAAUUUCUCAACUUUGUAAAUAUUAAAUAAUUGAAUCGAACGGUACGAGAAAAAUCCCUUGUUCCUAGAUGAUGCAAGGAUAUUCGAUUUAAACUCGAAAAAAAUCUGGAUCCUGAGAUAUGCUUGAUGUACAUACAUGUUUUGCGAAGUAAAGGAAGAGAAUUAUCGACACUGGCCCAUGUUUCCCGCGCGCACAGAUUAUUAUACAUAAAAAUAUAUAAAUAAAUAAAUAAAUAUAUAUUUUUUGUUGCAAACGACUUUGAUCUGAGCAGGGCUCCAGAGAGUGUCCUAAUAUUAUUAUAAUAUAUCAGUAUUUUGUGUAUUUUUUUAUCAAGUUAACAAAAUAAUAAUUGUUAAUAUAUUGUGCAAAUAUCAAACAGAUACCGUCCAAGAAUAAAUUGCAUAGUUGACAA